UGGUGGCAUACGAUAAGUGGUUGGGGUCUCUGAGAUUCGGCUAAGCAAUAUAGCUGGCUCAGAGCUGGCUCCACCAUCCUACUCCUAGACGCCUCUCUUCUAGUCUCUCUGUCUCAACACAUCUCUCUCACACACACAAAACAGACACACACAAGAAGACGUGUAGUAGUUAGAGCAAGAACAAGCAAGAGUAGACGAAGAAGAAGAACUACUGAAGAAAAUGAGCGCGUCUAGGUUCAUCAAGUGUGUUACUGUGGGCGAUGGAGCUGUUGGCAAAACUUGUUUGCUCAUCUCCUACACCAGCAACACCUUUCCCACUGAUUAUGUGCCGACUGUUUUUGACAAUUUUAGCGCAAAUGUGGUUGUGGAUGGGAGCACUGUGAAUCUUGGGUUGUGGGAUACUGCAGGCCAGGAGGAUUACAAUAGGUUAAGACCUUUGAGCUAUCGUGGGGCUGAUGUCUUUAUACUUGCAUUUUCUUUGAUUAGCAAAGCCAGCUAUGAGAAUGUUUCCAAAAAGUGGAUUCCAGAACUGAGGCAUUAUGCACCUGGGGUUCCAAUAAUUCUUGUCGGGACAAAGCUUGAUCUUCGGGAAGACAAGCAGUUCUUUGUAGACCACCCUGGUGCCGUGCCUAUUACCACAGCUCAGGGAGAGGAGCUGAGAAAGCUGAUUGGUGCUCCUGCUUACAUAGAAUGUAGUUCAAAAACUCAGCAGAAUGUGAAGGCGGUUUUUGAUGCGGCCAUUAAGGUGGUUCUUCAGCCACCAAAGCAGAAGAAGAAAAAGAAGAGAAAGGGACAAAAAGCAUGCCACAUAUUGUGACUGGGGAAAGAAUUGGUGCCGAGAGAAAAGAUGACUAACUAGCUGAUUAGACCCUAUUAGUGUCUUGAUCUCUCUCCCAGUCUUUCCAAUUUGAGGAAGCAGUAUGCUGCGGUCUGUAGUCUCGACUGAUUCUACUAGGGAGCUCUGUUACUGAUUUUUAUAUCAAUGAUUCAAAAUGUGCUUGAUAACAUGUGGAACUCUAUGUGUCUUUCGUUCUAGAUUUUAUUUGAUGUAUUAACCAUAUUGUUGAAAGAUCUACGUUUAUAGAAAGACCAAGCUGUUUCCUCUUGUAAACAGUUCUGUAUACUACUAUCUAAGGCUUGUUUAGAAUAUUUCAAGAGGCAUGAAUAUAUUUGUGAUUGUAUUCAGUUGUA